CAUUGUUUCUAUCACAGAUCUAUAGAAAACACACCCAGCAAGCAGAGCAACAAUAACUCUGUAUGGUUUCUGUUUUAUAUAAUAUUCAUACAUGCAUGCAUAUGAUAAAUCCCAGCUUUGGGACAUUUAUAUUCAGACUGUGUGAGAAAGGUCUUUCUAAUAUUGUUGUCCAGUGUAUGUAAAUGGGGCUUGACAAAAUAUUAGAAAUACCUUUCAAGAAAAUGCAAUCCAGUCAUGGCCAUGAAUUCCCUAAAAUCCAAUCCAAAAACAAUAUUUUUAGACUUGAUUUUAGUUUAAAUUAUUUUGGUUACUUUCAUGCACAGUAGAAAGUUACUGAAAGCCCAUAUUUAAAUGGGUAACUGUACUUAAGGGCAAUCCUUGUUUGAACUUUAUACUUUUAAAUUUGAAGGCAGUAAUGUAGCACAUAGUUGACUGGACAUAGUCUAAUAAUGAGAAAAGUAACAGUUAAAAGUGUCUGACAUGCCAUGUGUCAGAGAGUGACUGAAUCCCUCCUUUGCUCUCUCGUUUGAUUUGCAGUCAUGUCACGAAGAAGCUCUCGAUUGGAAUCCACAGGAUACUAUGACAGUGAGGGAGAACCGUCCAUUUCCUACAGGGAGACCCUGUACAGGAUUUUCAGAACACGACGGACCCAUCCUCGGUCCGGUAGAGGAGAGACCACCAGAAACAAAAACAGAAACAGAAAUAAAAACAGCAACAGAAACAAAAACAGCACCACAAAUGACAACAGAAAUGACAACAGAAAUGACAACAGAAACGACAACAGAAACGACUGUGACAGCAACAGAAAAAGAAACAGCAGGGGCCCCAGUAUGUCCAGCCUUAAGAUUUUUGGCUUUCUGUUCUUCAUUCUCCCCCUGUGUUUCGGAUUUGCAUACUUGAGUCUAACUCUGAGCAGCAACUUUCUGGAUUCAGGAUCCCCAGAGUCACCAGUCUCAUCAAUCAUCGCGACCAUGGACUUGAAUGCAGGAUUUACAGACAUGGUGAAGCACCAUAGAGAGCAGCAAGACGAGCUGCUGAGGUUAAAGAAGAUGACAAACUACCUGCUUCCGGCCGCGGACACUUUGCCCAACUUUGCUCUGGAAUCACUCGGGGCCAGUGUUUUAUUCCAGCUGUCAUCAAAAACAUACACGACACAAGAGGCAGGACUGACGUUUUUUGGGAUACGUAUCUGGCGACCACCUGUGACCCCAAGGAUUGUUAUUCAGGGACACUCUCCUCUGGUUCCAGGAUGCUGCUGGGCCUUUGCAGGUGGGCGUGGACAUUUAGUCAUUGCCUUGUCCUACCCAGUCACCAUCAGCCAUGUGACACUGGGUCACAUUUCAAAGAACUUGUCCCCAACUGGCAGCAUUUCCAGCGCCCCAAAGGAGUUUUCUGUCUAUGGAAUGGAGACUUUAAACGAUGAAGGAAGCCACUUAGGAACCUUUCUUUAUGAUCAGGACGGGGACUCAGUACAGACUUUCAAACUGCCUGAUCAUAAAAAAGGUGUCUUCAACUACGUGAAGCUGCAAGUCGAGAGCAACUGGGGCCAUCCUGACUACUCCUGUCUGUACAGCUUCAGGGUCCAUGGGAAGCUGGCAGACUGAAGAUGGAAAUAAAGGAGAAGACAGAAGUAAAUAUAGGUAAAUAUAGAGGUGAGUAUAUGUGAAGGUGAAUCAGACUCAAAACAUCUGUGAAUAAAUAGACUGAGUUUAAUCUUGGAAUUUGCAGGCAUGAAAAUAUUUUAGAUAUUUUAAUAUAGUAAUACAUUAUAUAUAGUGUUAGUGGGUUAGUGGGUGGGAAGCCAGUGAGGUAUGAUAUCCGCUCUUACUAGUUGGGUGGGGCACCUGUGCAGAGGAGGACGGGGUGGGUGGGAGUUGGGGGGGAGUGUGGUGAACCUCGGUACACCACACUUCCUCCCGCCCUGCCAGGUGAAAAGAAGCUGCUGGAGGCUCCAUGUGGAUCGGAGGAGAUACGUGGCUGUCUACACCGCAGUGUGGGGAAUUUUCUGUCACUCCAAAUUCAACAACACAAGAUAUAAUCUCUUCUAUGUGUUCCCAGAUGUUUUUAGUCUGAUUCACCUUCACCGUAGGCGGCACAGUGGUGCAGUGGUUAGCACUGUAGCCGCACAGAGGAAGGACUGGUGUUCAUUUUCUGGCUCCACUUCUCUCUCUGUGUAGAGUCUAUUCUCUCUGUGUCUGUAUGGGUUUUCUCCGGGUGCUCCGGUUUCCUCCCACACUCCAAAGACAUGCUAAGACAUGGACAAUUGGCCACUCUGUAAAGACAAUAAAGACUUUAUUUACUUACUAUA